AUGCAGGAAGAGCAAACAUUUGGAGGGAACCAGGAGCUGCCCAAAUUUAAAGCGUCAAAGAAACACAAGUGUCCCCAUGAAAAACAGAGGGCCUAUUGCAAGGAAUGUAAGGGCGGUCAGUUUUGUAAAUGUGAAAGGAUAAGAUCCCAGUGUAAGGACUGUGGGGGAAAUCAAAUAUGCCAGCAUGAAAAAAGGAGGGCCUAUUGUAAGGAAUGUAAGGGCAGUCAGAUUUGUCCCCCUGAGAGACAGAGGGCCUGCUGCAUAGACUGUAAGGGCAGUCAAAUCUGCGAACAUGAAAAACAGAGGGCCUAUUGUAAGGAGUGCAGGGGCAGUCAAAUCUGCGAACAUGAAAAACAGAAGGCCUAUUGUAGGGAGUACAAGGGCGGUCAAAUCUGCGAACAUGAAAAACAGAGGGCCUAUUGUAGGGAGUACAAGGAAGGUCAAAUCUGCGAACAUGAAAAACAGAGGGCCUAUUGUAAGGAAUGUAAGGGCAGUCAGAUUUGUCCCCAUGAGACACAGAGGGCUUACAGCAUAGACUGUAAGGGCGGUGAAAUCUGCGAACAUGAAAAGCAGAGAGCUUGCUGCAAAGACUGCAGGAAAAAAUCUGUGGAAUAUUAG